GGGAAGGGGUCCAAGUUGGCCCCGCUCCGCUUCACUCUCCAGCCUCCACUUGAGUCGUUCCACAGGAGGAAAGACAACCGCCUGCCAUUCUUGCUUCGUCCGUCUAGCUCUAUGCGGAAGUAAUUAGCAACGCUCCCAGCAGCAGGAAGAGGAGGCAGAGCACGGGAGCCACAGCCACUGAGCCAGUAGUAUGAAGGGGCACCAGCAUCAGUGCUACCAGCAGCACUCCUCUCCCUUGCUGCACCCCAAGCGCCGCUGCACCGCCCUGGCCGCCGCUGUGCCGGCGCUCGUCGUCGGCUCCACCCUGCUGCCACUCGUCUUCCUCCUCGGCCUCCACCGCCCUGGCUAUGGAUCGGAGGAGCGCGCUGCCGUCGUCAUCAGCACCGAGUUGGCCGGUUUUGGAGCGCAUAAGCAGCAUCUGGAUGGGGAAUCCAGCAAGCACAAACUACUCAAGGAUGUUUCCAAAAGGAAAACGUCUGGAUCUAACGGAAUUUCAGCUGAGAAAUCUGGUAGAUUAAAGUCGAAGAACCUUGCUGUCAAAUCUAAAGCGAACCUCAUGGAUGCUUUCUCUUUAAUUGACCUAAAAAACUACACCUACAGAAAUAAUGGACCUCAUACACCCAAAAGAUAUCAAUUGAAGGACUUUUCCUGGAGAUCAGAGGAUACUGCUGUUAAUGGGAAAGAGAACCAUGGUCAAGAGACAAUGCAUGAGGAGAAUCCCAAGUCCUGUGAACUUGAAUAUGGAAGUUACUGCCUCUGGUCUGUUGAGCAUAAGGAAGUAAUGAAAGAUGCUAUUGUGAAAAGGCUUAAAGAUCAACUUUUUAUGGCAAGAGCUCACUAUCCUAGUAUUGCAAAACUGAAGAACCAGGAAAGGUUUACACGUGAACUGAAGCAAAACAUCCAAGAACACGAACGCAUGCUCAGUGACACCAUUACAGAUGUCGAUCUUCCACCAUUUUUUGCUAAGAAGCAAGAGAAAAUGGAGCACACAAUUGAGAGAGCUAAAUCUUGUGAAGUAGGUUGCUCAAAUGUUGAACGAAAACUUAGGCAGCUACUUGAUCUAACUGAAGAUGAAGCUUAUUUCCAUACAAGACAGAGUGCAUUUCUAUAUCAUCUUGGUGUCCAGACCAUGCCAAAAACUCACCAUUGCUUGAAUAUGAGAUUGACAGUAGAAUAUUUCAAAUCCAGAUCAAUUCGCAUGGACCAGUUAAAUAAGCAGAAGCUUCAAAGCCCUACAUUCCGUCACUAUGUAAUAUUUUCCAGAAACUUACUUGCAGCUUCGACCACUAUCAAUUCAACAGUUAUGAACUCCCAGGAUUCUGGCAGCAUUGUUUUCCAUUUGUUCACUGAUGCGCAAAAUUUUUAUGCAAUGAGGCAUUGGUUUGAAAUAAAUUCAUACUUGGAGGCAACUGUUCAUGUAACUAAGAUUGAGGAUCACCAGAAUCUCUCUAAGGAUGUAGAUUCUCUUGAGAUGCAACAAUUAUGUCCUGCUGAGGAAUUCCGUGUCACAAUUCGUAAUCAUUCUGAACCUUCCCACAGGCAGAUGAAAACCGAGUACAUAUCUGUUUUUGGCCAUUCACAUUUCCUCUUGCCCGACCUUCUUCCUAGCUUGAAUAGAGUAGUUGUUCUGGAUGAUGAUUUGAUUGUCCAGAAAGACUUGUCAUCUCUUUGGAACCUCAACAUGGGUAGUAAAGCGAUUGGUGCUGUCCAGUUCUGUGGAGUUAGACUAGGUCAGUUGAGAGCAUAUGUUGCAGAACAUAGUUUCAACACCAAUUCAUGUGUGUGGUUGUCUGGCCUGAAUGUCAUCGAAUUGGAAAAAUGGAGGGACCUCCGCAUUACCGGGUUGUAUGAUCAGUUACUCCAAAAGUUGCAAAAGGACAGUCUGACAUCACAGCGACUGAAAGCACUCCCUGUAAGUUUACUUGCCUUUCAAGAUCUGAUAUAUCCUUUGGAAGACUCAUGGGUUCAAUCAGGUCUUGGACAUGAUUAUGGAAUUAGUCAUGUCCAUAUAGAAAAGGCUGCUACUCUGCACUACAAUGGUGUCAUGAAACCUUGGCUUGAUUUGGGGAUACACGGUUACAAGAGCUACUGGAGGAAGUACAUGACUAAUGGUGAGAGAUUCAUGACGGAAUGCAAUAUACAUUAAUAACACGGCAUGAGAUGCACCGCACACUGCAUUUGUGGGAAUUUGAAGCAACAAACCUCAUGGACUUGCUUAAACAAUGGGAUUAUGACGAGUGGAAACGGUUAUGAUGAAUCAAAUACAGCUCUGAUGAGGCACUGCUCCAAUUCCAAGAGGAGGAUAAAAUGGUUUCUUCAAGAAUGAACAACUUCAGCAUCUUAAGACGUCAGAAAACACCAAUAUGAAAUCUUUGAACUAGGUUGUAGACUUACCGAGAUAUAUUUGAUUCACUGACCUGUUUUUUAUACAGGGGGAGAGUUUUUUCAUUUGUGGCGUUGAAUUGCAAAAGUGCAGUUCCUUGAUGCACAUUUUUUGUAUAAAUUCUUUCAUGCUAUUCUUUUGCUCCUUGUAUAAAAGCAGCACUGAGAGUGUUGGCUGUGGAACGGCAUGUACAGAGAAAUGCCUGAACCAGCAAAUAUUCGCUUGUAAUUCUUUGCCACUAGGCUGACUCUUGUCAUUGUGGGAUGCUGAUAUCCCAUUGACGGCA